UUUUUCUUUUUAUAUGGUUUGUAUUGUUUGUCGGUCUAGUUUGUAUUGUUUGUACAGUUCAUACAUUUGUAAUGUUUGUAUGUUUUGUCACUCUAGUUUGUAUUGUUUGUAUGUUUGUAUGGUUUGUACUGAUUGUAAAUCCGGUUUGUAUACUUCGUAAUUUUCCAUAAUACCCAAACUACCCCUGCCAUUAAUUAAAUAACCCUUCCCAUUUUUUAACCAUUGAAUUGAAGUGUCCAGAUCUAAUGACUAGGAGGGGCUUAGUCAAGUGACUAAGCACCCCCUUAGUCACCAGAUCCGCACUCAAUAAUUGACCAAGCUGAAAGAAGCCCUAUAAGUUCAGUCACCUUCCUGUAGGGUGAACUUGUACCCUUAAACACUCCGAAACCGACAAUGCAGACUCAUCAGGUGAUCAUGGUGGUCAUCACGACCAUGGCAGCAAGUCUUUUCACGAUGCCAAGCUUCAUCAGGGCAGAAUCCGAUGCUUGUCAACCACCUUUAACCAACGAGGCUGACCGAAUCAGCAGCUUGCCGGGGCAGCCAGAGCCAGUUGGGUUUGGACAGUUUUCAGGAUACAUAGCUCUGGACGAUCAGCUUCAGUCUAGACUUUUCUACUACUUCGCUGAAGCUGCCACCAAUCCUGCUUCCAAGCCUCUUGUUCUCUGGCUUGGCGACCAGUUGGAGUGCUCUAACUUUGGGGCAUUUUCUGGGAAUGGCCCUUUCAGUCCUGUCUGUGGAAAUGUUCUGGCUACGAACAAGUACACAUUCAACCAAGAGGCUAACAUAAUCUACCUCGACUCUCCAACUGGCACUGGGUUUUCGUUCUCUGCCAAUACUACUACUACUUUUGCCACCUACAUCUACAAUGACACCGUUAUAGCUACGCAGAAUAUGAUCUUCUUGACCAGAUGGUUCCAGAAAUAUGCAGAGUACAAGAACAGAGACUUCUACAUCGCCGGACAGGGCUAUGCUACUGGUCGUUCUGUUCCAUUUCUUGCCAAUCGCAUUCUCCGUGGCAGUACAACAAACGGCAUCAAUCUGAAAGGAAUCAUGAUGGGAAACCCUCUGCUGAACUUCAACACUGAUAUGGGGUCAAUCGGAGACUUCCUCUGGUCUCACGGGUUGAUAUCGGAUAAAACCCACGUACUAAUGGAAACUUUCUGCAAUGGCGCCAAGUGGCUGAGAGAGAUCUACUCUGGCUCCCCAUUUUCCACGGCUUGUAAAGAAGUGGAUGAUAGGCUCUCAGCAGAGAUUCCAGACGGCCUUGACAUGCAGGAUGUCUCUUCCGAUACUUGUCUUGCAAUAUUUGGACUGUCGUCAAGGAUAACGGGAGGUUCAAAGUUCGAAAGUUCGAAACUUUUCUCGUCGAUUCGCUCACUCACUGCUUCACCGAGUCAUGAAGAAGUUUCAGAAGGGACAGAUGUGUGUGUGAAAGAGAAGAUCAUUAAGUAUUUGAAUAGAAAAGAUGUGCAAGGAGCUCUCCAUGCCAGGACUACCAAUUGGACUGCCUGCCCCAGGCCUUUUCAUUAUGAUAAGAGAGGCUUCGAGACUCCGACAGUAGAUAUGGUGGGUUCAUUGGUGAUGAAAGGGAUCAGAGUGCUGAUUUACAGUAUUGAUGAAGUGACAUUCGUACCGUUUCUUGGGACAAGGGUGCUGGUCAGUGACUUGGCCGACAAGGUAGGGCUGAACACAACAGUGCCUUAUCGAGGAUGGUUUGACACUGAUAAACAGGUUGGUGGAUGGACAGAAGCUUAUGGUGAGAUGCUGACCUACGCUUCCAUCAGAGGCGGAUCGUCUAAGGUUGCCAAGAGAUCUCUGUCACUGUUGAGAUCAUUUCUAGAGAGGAAGCCAUUACCAGUGUCAAAAGCUUGAGCUGACUUUGUCAAUCUGUGUUCCUGCUGGUACUAAAUAAUUCAGUAGAUGGUGUUUAGUGUUCCAGAGAAAUUUUGGAUUAGUAGGAUUUUAAGGUUUUGUGUAACAAAGGAGCUAGUAGUUAGUCUGUGUUCUUGCUGCAGUAAAUAGUUACUUCAGCAAAUGGUAUUUAGUCUUUCCUGGGCAGUUGUGGUCUAUUAGCAAGGAGUUUGAAGUAUCAUGUAAUGAACUUGCAGUUCUAUCUGCAUAUUGAUCUUAACGUGCAAAUUAUGCAGACGUAUAUCAAGAUCUAUUUCCAUCAGCAAUCGCAGUGCCACUUAGGACACUGUGACAUCGUCUGAACGAAAGGAGCUGUAGGCGCUGGAAGCUGCAAUAUAUCAGCUUUAUCCUGAAGUACCCAAAAAUGAUUAAAUGGCAACCAGCCGUUGGUUCAAAGCUAAUUAGUCUUUAACCUGCUUCCGCUCGAGGGUUGUUAUUUGCCGCCCUAAAAUUUACUAUUUGCCGUCCAUAAUUAUAAGUAAAAUUACUAUUUUACCCUUUUUCGUUUUAAACCUAUUGCAUCCCCUCGAAGUCGUCGGCGAGUCUGCUUCGCCUCCGCCGGCGGGUCUGCCUCCCCUCCCGCCGCCAACUGUUGAAGAGGUGGCCUCUGCUAUUGCUGUCGCCACCACCGUGAGAAAGAAAUCGCCGCCGCCCGAGGAAGGAGCUCGCCGUCAAGACCAAGUUUUUUUUUUAACCCCCGCCUGCGCUCGUCGGACGGGGUCCGCCAGCCUUCAUCGGACGGGGUCCGAUCGCCGCCCGUCGGACGCGGUCCGCCAGCCUCCAUAGGACGGGGUCCGAUCGCCGCCCGUCGGACGGGGUUCGCCAGCCUCCAUCGGACGGGGUCCGAUCGCCGCCGUCGGACGCGGUCCGCCAGCCUGUGUCGGACGCGUUCCCGGAAUUGUGGUGGUGGCGAUAGCAAAAAUCACCGGAAAAAAACUAAUAAUUAUGGGGUUAGAGUUGGUCUGCAUCCCGUGUAAUUUGCCCAAUAAUUAGUCUUUUUAUUUUAUUAACUCCUAACAUUCCGUCAUUUAUUUAGCUUUAUACUUUCUAAAUCAAUAUUAACUCCUUCCAUUAACAAUUUACCGAAUUACGAGCCGCAAAUAAUGGUGGAGGGAUUACGGGGGAGAGAUAAGCGGAAUAUAAUAAAAAGUGUGUU